UUGAUCAAGUUUUCAGCUUUUAUCGGACAAGUGCAAUUUAACCAAGCAUUUUUUGACUGCAUGAGAAAAUAUAAAAACCUAACCAAUGAAAUCCAGCCCCUUUUUUAGUGGUUUUCUUUUUUCAGUUCCUCUUAAUCUGACCACUUUACUUCCGUGACAGAACAUUUAGCACUGUUAACUCAUUGAUGCAUCAUGAUUAAUAACUCCAACAUGAACGUCUCUGAUUUCUCUCUACCUCCUCGCACCUGGGUGCCUAACGGACUGAUCCCUGCAAUACUGCUGUCCUUCUGCUUUCUCCUAGGAGUUCCUGGAAACAUCGCAGUGAUUCUUUUAAAGCCCAACUGGCAGAACAUGUCCCGCCUGAGCCAGAGUUUGAUGCUCAACUUGGCCAUUUUUGACCUGCUCUCUCUGCUCACUCUGCCACUGUGGACUUACGCUCUGCUCAGUAACUGGAUAUUCGGUCUUGAAACCUGUAAGCUUUUAGGUUUUCUCGUGUACUGCAGCCUAUACGGCAGCAUGCUGACAGUGACAGCGUUGGGUGUCCAGCGGUACAUUGUGGUGGUGAACCAACGGAGAUGCGUUCAGGCACAAAAAAGACGCCUGCUGGUUCCAUUCUGGUUUGGAGCUAUAAUCCUGUCUAUCCCUGCUUUGGUGACAGAACAGGUGGAAACUAAAGAGAAGUGGACAUACUGCUACCCUCAGUUUUCAUCUCGGGCUCAGGGAUUGGCAGUGCUGCUGUCAGAGACCACAUCUGGGUUUGUCUCCUUUUUUGUCGUGGCCUAUUCCUACGUUCGCCUCCACAAGAGGAUUAGACAGGCAACGUUCUUCAACAAUCCACCGACGACCAGGCUGCUGACCAGCAUCAUUGUAAGCAAUUUUGUUCUGUGGUCUCCCCUUCAUACCGUAAAUGUGUUGGCCCUGGGAGCUAUCGGCUUCAAAAAUGACAGUUUGUUGAAGUCUUGUGUGAACAUAUGGGACAUUGUCAAAGCAAUUGCGUUUCUAAAUAAUUGCAUUAACCCACUGCUGUAUGCCUUUAACUUCCAUAAAAUGUUCAGACUCUGCAGGAGCCAAGAAGAAUUAACACCGCCGUCUCAAACACUGGACAUAAGUACAGUUGCAUAAACUAUGAUUAUCAACUGAAAAGGUCAUUUUUGUCCACAGAAAAGAGCAAAUAUUUGAAUCAAAACUUUUGUCCUCUGCUAUUAAAAACUCUAAAAAAUGGGGUUUAAAUUUGAAAUUUAAAUUUUAGGCAACAUUACAGGUAGAGUUGAAACGUGUCAUUGUAAAUAGUCUUCACUGAGAGUUUUGUGCUGGAAUAGUUUUGUUAAACUUUCUCGUGUUUAUAUUUUAACAAUUUUGAAUUUGGGUUUUCCAUUUUGUUUUGUUUUUUACAACAAGUUGGACUAAAUAUGUGUUGUAAUGUAUAAUUAACCUUGUGCAAAUGUGACAAUCAUGGGCUUCUAAAGACUAAUAUUUAUCAAAGUAGGUAAAGUGCUGAGUUUAUUUCUACAUCGUAAUCUCUACAUUGUUCAAAACUGUUGUUGUCCAUUCUGACGUCUAAACUUGACAGAGCCUUUUCUGUGGCAAGUCUUUUGUAUUUCUAUCGGUAAUGUAAAUUCCAUUUUCCAAACUGGUGUGAUGCUUGCCUAAAAAACAGAAGAGCAACUAUGUUUUGGUGCUUUUGGCUGAGUGCACAUUAAAAAUUAU